AUGACCAAUCCGUACAAUUAUCCGCCGAUCCCCGCCGACUUUGUGGAUAGCUUCAAGCCUGGUCCUCCCCCGCCUCGAGAGUUGAACCUGGUAACCAGAACACAUUCAGACAAGUGGGGUCCACGAGAAAUCGACUCUGCUAGCGCUCUUCGCGAGACUCACGUUCAUCUCGGUAAUGAACGACUGUUGCGCACACAUCAUCGCUCGCUCGCGGCAUGCCCCUUUGUAUACCAGGCCACUGAGGCUGAUGGUAACCAGAUCUGGGUGGUGAGCAUUGGACCUAGCGUCCCCGUAUAUGACACUCAUGCGGCCGGUCGCGCGAUCCACGUCCAACCCGAGGUUCUGCUUCCCGAGCCGUCGCACACGUUUAGUGGGACUCGUAAAGAUCCUCUGCACCGGAGCAUCAAUCCGCGGCACGUCGGAGCUGGAGUUGCUGCGCCGGUUCUCCCCUGCGGCGAUUGGGCACGCAUGCUAAUUUCGGGGUUUCUCAUCGUGCUGUUUCGUAAUCAGAAGGAUAUUGAAGCAUCCUGGCAGGAAGGGUGUGUCCAUUCCUUUGGUCUGCUGCGCUUGGGAUAUGAUGUCGCCGUUCAUUAUCCCACCGAGGCUGUCGCUGAGAGCGGGAAUGCCGUCGUAGAUGCACAGGAUGGCUCAGCCACGCCUUUGGGGCUUAAGCUGAAGUUUCUCGAUGACUGA